AUGGGUCCACUCAACGUGUAUUAUGAUAUAAACUCUGACAAAAACCGUAAAGCUAAAAGCUUAACCGGUUAUCACCCAAACAUGGCCGUUGACUGGUCGGAUCUCCGACCAGAAUUGCUCGAAACUAUCGCCAGAAAACUCACAGUCCUCGGCGAUUACAUCCGAUUCCGAGCCGUCUGUGUCAAUUGGGGAUCGUCAACCCCAAAAACCCCAAAGCACCUUCCUUGCCAACUCCCAUGGCUCAUGCUCCCUCAUAACCGGUACAACCUAAGUAGCUGUCGAGCAUUGUAUAGCCUCACCGACAACAAGGUCUAUGCCCUCAAUCUUCCCGAAGCCUCUCACCGCCGUCGCCUAUGCGGUUCAUCGCACGGUUGGCUCAUAAUCCUCGAAGAAUCACCGGCUAUUUUCAUUAUAAAUCUCCUAACAAGAGCUAAGAUUAAUCUUCUUCCGCUGUCGGCGUUUCCGAAUGUCAUUGACUUCAAUUUCUCCGAUGUGGGCCGUGAAUAUAAGCUUCGUGAUCCUGAUGGUGAUGUCUAUACUCGAAAUUUAAAGGAAAUGCGCGAUUCCUUUGUGAAAAAGAUGAUCCUUUCUUCGAGUCCUCUGAAUGAUUCAAAUUACAUUGCUGUGGCGAUACUUAAUCAAACAGGUGAUCUUGCUUACCUUAACAAUGGUGAACCAUUUUGGAGAUUUAUACAUGAAGCGCAUUCAUAUUGCGAGGAUGUUAUUUAUUACAAUGGGCUGUUCUAUGCUGUGAACAAAUUUGGAGGCAUUGCGGUUUGUGAUUUACAGGGUGAUUCACCUAGGGUUUCAUUUAUUGAUACACCAAGACAUACCGUUGGGGAUAUGGAAUAUUUGGUGAAUUGGAUGGAUGAAUUAUUAUUGGUAACGCGAUAUUUAGAACUUGAAUUUGAUGUUUACCUUGAUAUUGCAUAUAAGACAAGCGAAUUUCGAGUGUUUAGGCUGGAUUUGAGUGGACCUAAGUGGGAGAGGGUGACAAGUUUGGAUGAUUACUCGGAGGCUAAUUAUGAUGGUGGUAGUGGGGAUCAUGAUUUGGGUGUUUACUACUUGGAAGAUGGUAGUAUUGAAGCAUUGCUGGGUUUUCCUCGCAAUUCACAGACUGGAUUUCUUUGUUCUCCACCAAUUUGGGUUUCUCCCAAUUUGUGUUAA